CAUUUCAAGAGAAAAUACCAAGCUGUUGGCCGACAUUUCCGGAAUGAUAAAGUAAAGAGAUAGAAGCUGAGGGGCAAAGGCGAAGAUCACUUGACUGCCUUUUGAUUUUCACGGUCAUAUCGGAAAUCGUUGUCUCUGGGUUUUUGUCGCAACAGAGUAUAGGUGUGAAUGCUCAAAACAUUUCGGACAUUAUUACCCUAUUCACGGCCAUUUGUGCAUUUGAACACAACUUUUUGCAAGGAGCCAUUGGCAAAAGUUCACUCUGUUAGACCACUACGACCUUUUUUCCGUACAUAUAUAAUGACUGAAACUAUGAGUCAACCUCAAAUCGUAACCGCUGCAUGCUGUAUCAUUGGCGAUGAGAUAUUAAAUGGAAAAACUCGAGAUUCCAACGCUAAUUAUCUUGCCAAAAUGCUUUUUGACCUUGGAGUGGAACUCAAACGAAUUGAGGUUAUAAGCGACGAUCGCGACGAAAUUGCCGAAACGGUACGGAAGAUGUCGAAUAAGUACGAUCUGGUCUUCACAAGCGGUGGUAUAGGGCCUACGUUGGAUGACAUAACAUAUAGCUCAAUUGCUCAUGCCUUUGGAUUGGAGCUGAAACUGGAUGAUGCGACAUGUCAGUCUAUGAUCGACAUUUCAAGCAAGAGAAUCAAUGAUUGGUCUUUAACGGAAGCUCGCAAGCGAAUGGUCAUCUUCCCGCAUCCCGCCGAAAUCGUUCGAACCAGAGAAGAUAUGUGGGUUCCGAUCGUUGUCGUCAAUGGCAAUGUGCAUAUAUUGCCAGGUAUUCCCAAACUAUUUGAGAGCCUAGCACACUCUCUCACUCCACGGAUUCUCGAUUUGAUAGAAAAGCGUGGCCUUAAGGACACGAAAUUUUACCGCGCACAAAUUGCCACUUCGCAUAACGAAGGCGAAAUUGCCCCAUAUCUGUUAGAUCUGCAGGGACGUGCAUCUGCAGUAAAAAUUGGCUCGUAUCCAAAAUGGGGUACGGAUUCCAACGGCGUUAGAGUAGUUGUAAGCGUUGUAGGCAGAGAUGAAGAACAGGUCAAGAAGUAUGGUGACGAAGUGCAAGAAAAGCUAAACGGCUGGAAAUAUCAGGAAUCAGAAUAGCAUAAACGGCAGCUGAUACUAUAAAUAAAAAAAAAAAUUGAUAUUACCUGGGAUGUCUUGUCACUUCGCUUCUAUUCCUCUAAUUCCUAACAUCUCAGCAUAACUGCCUCUGGUUAAUGCCGAACAUCAAACACUUGUUAAUAGCUGCCAUUGUACUGGCUUGUCCACUUUUCAUUUUGGCUGUUAACUUUGGUGACCCCUGCGAUCCCACCACUAGUCACCUCAACGCAUACCUAACAUAUAUUGACGCUUGGCAUGUAUGCUUGUGCUCAAAACAGCACCUGUGCAUUCAAAAC